AAACACCAAUUUCUGCCUAAUGCAAAUGCCGAUUCCUCAUAUUCACAUUAUAUAAUUGAGAUUAAAUUGUUACAAACAAUAACGUCACCCUAACAAAUGGAUCUUUAUUAAUCAAUAAUUAGGUAUGACUUUGUUAUGAAUGAUUAAAACGUAUUUCAAACCUCUGUAUGCACCAUAAUUGCCCAAAUGACCUUCUCGGUCGACUUUUUUUAAUUUUGUGAUUUUGAAAGUAAAAUUUGUUGCCGCGACAAGAUUAUUUUUUUCAUAUUUGUUACAAUCUGAAAAAAAUCCAUUGUUUCACUCGUUUUUAAGCCUUGCCCACUUUCUGUGUGAGGACUCUGAUUGGCUGUAUCUGAGCGCGGAUGCCGUCAUCGCUCGGAAUGCUCAUUCAUCUGUGUACUUGGGCGUUGGACUCCGCAUCUUAUUAGCAACAAGGGAAAUUUCUCCAUUUUCCACCCUGUCUACAGCGAAAGCCACAAAUCUGGGAUUUUUUAUUACUUCUCUUCAGUUGGCAGGUUUUCUGACAUUUUCCCAUUUUGUUCUCUGCGACUGGACUUUGAUUGCUUCUCCAGUAAACUUUUCAAAGAGGAACCUUCGCAAAGAGCUUGCGUUUAAGAAAGAGGCUAGUGGUCUUUGUUCGUUUUUUGGAUCUGUUGAGUUUCUUUGUUGGAGCGAAAGCAUGGGAGCGCAAUUCUCCAAGACAGCUGCAAAUGGCGAAACCGCGGUUGAAAAGCCUGGAGAGGCUGCCGCUUCACCAACCAAGACCAAUGGACAGGAAAAUGGCCAUGUGAAAGUGAAUGGGGAUGCCUCUCCUGCAGCUGCUGAGGCAGGCAAGGAGGUGCAGGCCAAUGGCAGCACCACAGCUGAGGAGGCUCCAAAAGAGGAGGCUGCGCCUGCAGAAGUGGCGGCAGUAGAUGGGGUGAAGACAGAGAAUGCAGAGACUGUGUCUCCAGCAGCCGAGGGUGAGGCCACCAAGCCGGAGGGAGCCACGGCUUCAACCAGCAACGAGACCCCCAAAAAGAAGAAGAAGCGCUUCUCAUUCAAAAAGUCCUUCAAGCUCAGUGGCUUCUCCUUCAAGAAAACCAAAAAGGAGACUGGCGAUGGGGCAGAGGGUGAGGAGGCUGCUGCGUCCACUGAGGAGGCCAAGGCUGAGACAGCCGAGGCCCCAGAGGUCACGGCAGAGGUUGAGGAGGCCAAGCCUGCUGAGGGAGAGGCUGCUGUUGCUGCUGAGGAGGAGGCCAAGGAAGCAGCUAGCCCUGCAGAGGCCAAGCCUGAGGAAACAGCAGCCCCCGCUGAGGAGGCCAGGGUAGCCCAAGCCACUGAGGAGCCAAAGGCAGAAGAAAAGCCAGCUGAGCCUGCUGCUGCAGAGGAAGCACCCAUCUCGGAGGAGGCUGCACCUGCAACAGAGGCUGCAUCCAGUCCAGAAGCCCCCGUUACUGCAGAGGUCGCUGUUGAGUAAAGCUGGAAACUCCGAGCAAAACAGAAUAAAUUAAAAAAGGAGAAAAAAAGAUAAUCAAAGAACAUUUCCCUGUUUGUAUGUCGGAGCGGUGCCAGUUGAUGGCUUUGGAGAACUUGUCUACAACCAGGGAUAUUUUAAAGCUUUCCUUUUUUUGGUUUCCCUUCCCCCUCCUUUUUUUGGUUUCCCUUCCCCCUCCACAAAACCUAUCUCGGUCCAUUGUUACUACCAUUCCAACGGGCAGAGGUGGGUGGCUUAAAUGUAAAACUACAGAAAAAUACAUCCACGCUCUGCCAUAUAUUUUUUGCAUCAGUAUUAAAUGUUUUUGUUUUUGCAUUUUUAUAUAAAAUGUAAACUUGUCAAAAUGUAUGGACAUCCCCAUGGUAUGAAGGAGGUGGGGAAAAGUAGUUGUAAAUGAAGGGGAUUUUGGGGUGGGCAGGGGAUGGAAUAGAAGGUGGCACAAUUGUGCCACAGACUGAUGUAAAGAGUAAUCUUCAAAAAAUUGAAAGAAACGACCAACACCUGUGUACCACGAGAGUACCAUGCGAUUUACAACACUAAGUCAUUUUUACUAUGAGACAAAAUAUUAAAUUCCCAGAGCUAGGUUUAGGAAGUCAUUUAAAAGAAAUCAUAGGAGCUUUUCACUUCUCAUUAGCUGUACCAGUCAGUGAUUCAGUAGAAAUACAAGUUGUAUAGGCUUUAUUGUUUAUUGCUGGUUUUAUGACCUUAAUAAAGUGUAAGUAUGUAUAGGCGGGGUGUUUUUAACUGUGAUUAUUGUACAAAUGAAAUCUUGAUCUCAAGAAGCACAUGAAGUUUGCAGCUCUUUUUCCACCCGCUCAUUUUUGUAAGAUAACGAAAACAAAUUCAUCCUGGAAGACCUUUUAAGCAAUUUUGAACUCAACCAAGCUGUGAUAAGUGGAAUGGUUACUGUUUAUAUACUGUGGUAUGUUUUGAUUACAGCAGACAAUGCUUUUCAGUGGUCUUUGACGAAUUAAGGAAUCUCUAUCAGAUGCAAUGUUUGUGUAGCAUCUUGUCUCUUUCUUUUCUUUUGUAAAUACUGGAGAAGGUUUUACCAAUUUGACUUAGAGAUGGAAUGUAACUUUGCUUACAAAAAUUGCUAUUAAACUCCUGCUUAAGGUGUUCUAAUUUUCUGUGAGCACACUAAAAGCAAAAAUAAAUGUGAAUAAAAUUUG